AUGUGCAGUCCAACAUCUACUUUGGGGUCUCCCAACAAAUUCCCAUUACCGUCAGUUCUAAGGGAUGAUGCCCGCGUACAAGCAUUGUAUGGUCCCUUUCGGGAACGAAGUGUUAAUCCAGAGAACUACGAUUCAAAAAUGAAAUUCUGGAAAGACACAAUUGUGGAAUUCUGUUUGCACAAAGGGAUGGCUACCUUUUCCAAGAAUGAGUUGUUGCACACAUUUACAGUUGGCCAAAGAGUUCCUUCUUGCCUAGAUACGGUGAUCGAUGAAAUGAAAAAGAAUGGCCUAAUUCGGCCACGAUUGGAAUACGAGUACGAUCCUGCAAACGGCUGGGCCGGAUGGGCUGUGCUAAGGCUUUGGAAAACUCCUUUGAAUCGCAUCAAAAACGUUAUUUUGCCAACGAACACACGCCAACUAGGUCACAUGGAGUAUAAAUAUUGUUGUAAUUUGCAAUCGAUUUUUGAGAAGCCCCCCUACCCUGGAUCCAUAUAUAGUUUUGAAGAAGUGAAAAAUAACAUAUCUGCCCUACUAAACAUAUCCGAGGAUUGUCUAGUCCUGUGCCUACGGACAUUGUUCUGCCAACAACAGAUAGGAUUGCGUUACCGACAGAAUGCCAAUGCCGAUGGAAAUAAUAAUGAAAUGAUACACUUGAUAAAGAUACCAUCCACAUCCAAUUCAUCUGUAACCGUGGACGACUCAGACAUUGCGUUACACAAUCUUCAAAUAACAAGACAAUCCUUACUGAAGCAACUAGAACACUUGGAACUUCAGAUUUCUGAGAACGAAGAAAAGACUCGCCAAUAUAUUAGAGAAAAUAAAAGGUUAUUGGCCAAGACUUACCUGCGCAAGAGACAUCUUCUUGAAAAGAGUCAUGUAAAACGCAGCGACGCAUUGCAUAACAUCGAAUCCCUCAUUUCCAACAUAGACGACGCUAAGCAUAACGGUGUAAUUUUGGAUGCGUAUAAAUAUGGGACGAAGGCCUUGCAAGAUGUCCUUAAAACAUCUAACCUCACAUUCGAUAAUGUUGAAGAAGUUGUUUCAGAUAUGCGUGAAACGCUGGAUAUGAAUAACGACCUGCAAGAAACUAUUGCUAAAGCAACUCCUUCGGAAUGUUUGUCGACGGACGAAGAAGAUGAAUUGGAACGAGAACUCAAGGAGCUUUUCGGAGAUCGCUCUGCUCCUUCAUCGACCAAUAUACCAGAUGUCUGGCCGACUAGUGAUUCUCGGGAGUCAGCAUCGCAGAAAAUUGAAAUAAGUGAUGCUGAGCUAAUAGCGAUGCUGGACGGCUUAGAUGUAGAGCAAAAAACACCUGUGAACAGCUUCAGUAUCAGUGAUGCUAAUAUUUAA